AGGCGUCUUGAAUUGGAAACACCCACUCAGUUGACACGAAUAUGAAACAUUUGAUUUUUAGAAAACUUAUCUUUAUUUCGAACUUACCUGGUUACACCGAAUAUUUUAGUUAUUAAUUUACCAUACUGAUAUAUAUCAUUCAAAACAACAGCCAUUUGACAUUGAAUAGAAAAUCUAUGAAUGACAUACAAUUUAAAUAUAACAGCAACAUCUUGAGGCACAGUACACAAGCAGACAAGUUGAAUAUUCACUUGAAUUGUGUAAUUUUUAAUUCUAUGCGCAGAUGUUUGAACAGAAAGAAGAUAUACAAAGCAUUAUGAGCUAAUUUUCUUUUAAAAUUGUAUGAAGUAAACAUUCAAUGGAAGGUUUAUUGAAGAGAAAGAUAUCCUUCUUUACAGGAUACCAAGACAAAUGGUUUGUUCUAGCAGACGAUGGAAACAUAAAACAAUUUGAACGACAACCAACCGAACCAAAUCAAAAACCAAAAUGGACGAUGAAUAUUAUUCUUGCAGAUGUAACCACGAAGGAUGAUGGUCUCCGAUUUGUUGUUACUGCAAGUAAUGGUCGAACCCUCAAAUUGAAAGCACCAAACAAAGAGGAAAGAGAAAAAUGGACAAAGCUGUUUAAGAUCAUAAACGAAAAACAUUUCUCCUUAAUUUACUCAAAAAAUGAAGACAAAGGAGAUUUCAGACCUACAGCUCAAGAUCAAGGAAAUGUUGUACAGUCAGAAGUUUCUUCUGAUGAAAUGAGAAGCCAGGAACUGUUUAAGAAUAUGUCAUUGAAGCCAAAAGGAAAUUUCACCAUGGUUGCUGCUAUUGACUUUGGAUCAACAUAUUCUGGUACUGCAUUUUCCUCUAAGUCUGAUUUUACUAGAAACCCUCUACAUAUGUAUGUAAUGGCAGGGGUUGGAAAAAUCAAUAAUAUGUCAACAAAAAUUCCAACUGUUCUGCUUUUGAACCCGGAUAAAAAGUUUGAGGCUUUUGGUAAUGAAGCCGAAGAAAAGUAUGCAAAUUUGGCGAUAUAUGACCCACAGUAUGCAAAUCAGUGUUAUUACUUUACUCGAUUCAAGAUGCAAAUUUACAAUAACAGGGAUUUGAAGAAAUCGUUGACCAUUAAAGAUAUCAGUGGAAAAAAAGAAAUGAAAGCAGUCGAUGUGUUUGCUGCUUGCAUUGAAUACUUGAAAAACGCUACCUUCACAAGAGCAAAGGAGCAAAUUCCAAAACUCGAAGAAGAGGACAUUCACUGGGUACUUACGGUACCAGCAAUAUGGACAGAAGCUGCACGACAGUUUAUGAUAGAUGCUGCUGAAAAGAGUGGAAUUUACGAAGACAAUCUAACACUCGCAUUAGAGCCAGAAGCUGCUGCUUUAUGCUGUAGAAGCUUGGAGAUAGAAAAGAAAGAUAAAGGCCAAAGCCCACAACUUGGUUCUUUUAGUCCUGGGUCACGUUUUCUGGUCGUAGAUCUUGGAGGUGGCACUGUUGAUAUAACAGCAAAUGAAGUGAUGACAACAGGUCAGAUAAAGGAAAUACACAGUGCUUCUGGGGGUCCUUGGGGAGGAAAUAUGAUAAAUACUAAAAUGUGGAAACUUCUCAGAGAAAUUUUUGGCACCAAAGUACUUAGUACCUUUUCUUUAAAUAAUAGAGAGGAUUAUCUAGAUUUGGUAAGAGAUAUCGAACGUCAAAAGAGGUCAUUUAAUAGCGAUCGAAAAUGCACGAUUGAACUACCAAGCUCACUGAUAAUUGAAGUUAAAAAGUCAAAUCCUGAUAUGGUUGCAGAGAAAUAUAAAGGCAAAGCCGAAAUAAAAAAAAACAAACUUCAGAUUAUUCCAGAGGUAUUAAAAUCAAUUUUCAAAGAAGGUAUCGACAAAAUUAUUGGCUAUGUACAAAAGUUACUGAAUGAACCCGAAACAUCCAAAGUGAAGAGCAUUCUUUUAGUUGGUGGAUAUGCAUCAUGUGACCUUCUCGUGCAUGCAAUAAAAGAACACUUCAACCAUUUAGCAGUAAUAUGUCCAUUGCAACCUGAUGUUAUUGUCUUGAAGGGAGCGGUAAUCAUGGGUCAUAUGGAAACUCCUAUUGUCGGUAGAAUGGCAAAAUAUCAUUAUGGCAUAGCACUUACUGGUGAAGAACGGAAGUCGAACUUCGAUGGUUCACAUACGUCAUUUCCGACUUCACCACAAGAAUUUUAUACCAUUAUUCAAAAAGGCUCCCCAAUACAAGUAAAUGAGGUUGUAACCGAAUAUGAUUUCCCGAUUGAUGUUAACCAAGACGAAGCUAACAUUCAAAUUUAUGCAUCAGAAGAAAAACAGGCACCUAAGCUUAUCUCAGAAGAAUCUUGCAGAAAAAUUGGUCAUAUUCGCAUCAAACUUCCUCGAUUUCGGCGAACUACCAAACUGAGAAUAGUAAUAUCAAAUGACGAGACGGAAUUCAAAGUAGUAGCUAGAGAAGAACACACCGGAAAGUGUUUUGUAGGAGUAUGUAGGUUUCUUGAUUAAAAACUCAGAAAUACCUAGACAUGCGGCAGUUUAUUUAAUUUGACAAAAAGUAUUUCUUUAAAUAAAAGGACUGAGAUAAAUUGCUACCAAAAAUAUGUGUCUUCUAGGUUCAGAAUUUUGUCAUAUUUGACACCAAAAUAAGCGGUAAUGUCGAAUUUACGUUUGUUAAAGUUCUAACUGAAGUUUUUGAAGUUUUGAUAUACAUAACACAUUAUCUUCCUUGCUCAGUAUACAGAUUUGGUAUAUUUGUUUUAAUCACUGAUUUUUUCUGUUUGCCUUCAAUUUUUCUUUUUCAACAAAAAGAUAUUUUCUAUAGUGUCAAAACUAUGAAAAGGUAUGACGAUUCAACUUAUAAUGAUUUUAAGGAUUCCUUUAUUGUACAGACAAUAAAUUAUAGUUUUAAACUUCUCUCGACUGAAGUAUUAAAAGUAAUACUUAUACAACUAGUGUCCAAUACAUUUUUGGCAUUUUCGAAUUUAAAAUUAAACAGUUAGUUUAAUCGAUAAUAAUCUUUUGAGGUCCAAAGUGUUAGAUUCGCUUUUCAUAUCCUUAAACUUUUUUUUAUGUUAUAAAAUAUAAAUAUAUACUUAUCACUAUUUUUGUAAAAUAAUGUUAGUGUAUAAGUACAAAAAAGACUUGCAAUAUUCUUUUUCAUGACAAUAGUUUUAACCUCAUGGGGAGGAAUAUACUCAUGAUGAGAUACUAUAUUCUAGUUAAUUCCUGCGUUACCCUCAUAAAGUCUAAUUCCUGCAUCACCCGCUCAGUAAGUGCAGUCUGAAAUAUUUAGACGAAACGUACGUUGAAUUGUACAGCAAAUGUCAUCAAAUUCGUUUUGAAAUUCGUUAAUUUUCAGUGAGUUUUACCUUCAGUCAUGUAGAAUUGAAAUUUUUAUAAAAUAAAAUGUAAAAAAGAAUAUUUAAUCGUUCAAUUCUUUUAUUGUAAAAGUGAUCAAUAAAGUAUUCAAGAAGA